CAAGAACAUUCAAUGAAGAAAUAAAACCUUUGCUGACCAAAUUUCCCUUUAUUGCUCUUGAUGAAUGCUCUUUUUACCCAAAUUUAGACCCAAGGUUCGGAUAUUCUUUAAAAGGGAGCAGAGCGGGAGGUGCUAACUGGAGAGUUUUUUAUGAUUUUUUGGAAGAAAUGAAUCCAAUAGGAGAUAAAAGGAAUAUUCUCCUCAUGGAUAAUGCUCGUAUCCACACUGCUCCGAAUAAGAGAAUGGAGGUAAAAUUGCCUACUGUUGAGGAACAAAUGGAAAAGAGAGACAUAGAAAUUAAGUUUAUUGCCGCUUAUGCUCCAAUGCUUAACCCCCACUGA